GGCGGGCGAGCUGGCGCCCAGGUAUGUUCUUCCACCGGGCCCGGGAGGCUGAGAGGUCGACGUCCCAGCAGUCGGAGCCGGAGGAGGAGAAGACGAUGCCGUUGUCCCCGCCAGCCCAGGGCGACUCCAGGGAGCCCAGCCCGUGCAGGCCCCCCAAGAAGCACACCAGCUUCCAUCUCUGGCGCUCCAAAAAGAAGCAGCGGCCAGAGCCGCCUGACUGUGGAGUGUUCGUUCCGCACCUGCUGACGGCGCCCGCCGGCGAGGCCAGAGCUUUGGAGGUAGUAGAUGGAAGACAUGUGGUUGGAGAGUCCCAGGAAUUUACACUGCACUGUGGGGAAUCCCAGUUCUUUCACACCACCAGUGAGGCACUUGGUUCUUUACUUCUAGAGUCUGGAAUAUUUAAAAAGUCCAGAGCACAACCUCCAGAAGAGAACAGAAAGAAGCCAGUUUUGGGAAAACUUGGCACCCUAUUUGCGGCAGGAAAGAGAAGGAACAGUAGAAACGGGCUAGAGAGUCCCACCAGGUCAAAUGCCAAACCACUCUCUCCCAAAGAUGUAGUAGCCCCUUCUAAGCUCCCAGAAAGAGAGAGAGAGAGGAGCAUAUCUCAGAGCAGCCAACCCAAGCAAAUGGACACGAGCGAGGCGGGCUCCCCCCAGGAGAAUCCCCGAGAGGCAGAGGGCGAGCUCCCCCAAAGCAGUAGCCCCGCAGCCCCCCCUGACGCCGAGCUGUCACCUCGCUGGAGCUGCAGUGCAGCGGCUGUGGCUGUGCAGCAGUGCCAUGAAAGUGAUUCACCCCAAUUAGAACCUCUGCAGGCAGAGGGAGAGCCUUUCCCAGAUGCCAAGCAGCUGCAUUCCUCGCCAGGGAAUUCCUCCAGGCAAGAAGACGAAGAGACUCCCGCUCGCAGUCCGGGGGAGGACGCUUCGCCAGGUGCUGGCCACGAACAGGAGGCUUCCUCGGGUGCGAGGGGUGCGCCGGGGUCAGCCACCCGGGAGCGGCCCGCGGGAGGACUAGGCGAGGCCCCUGACGGCGCCCCCAGUGUGUAUGCCGAAGGAGGCUCCCUGGGGCCCCGAGACGCCUGCAGCCAGCCCCCCGAGGGCACGUCUGCUCCACCAGGUGAGCCUCUGGCCGAGGGCGCAGCGCACACAGCCGGCUCCGCACAGGCAGACGGCACAGCCCGGCCCGGGCGGCGCGCCCACCCUGCUAAGGUGCUAACUUUGGACAUCUACUUGAGUAAGACUGAGGGGGCUCAAGUGGACGAGCCGGUCGUGAUUACUCCCAGGGCGGAAGAUUGUGGCGACUGGGACGACAUGGAGAAGAGGUCCAGCGGCCGCAGGUCCGGGAGGCGGAGGAGGUCGCAGAAAUCCACGGACUCCCCCGGCGCGGACGCCGAGCUCCCUGAAAGCACUGCCAGGGACGACGCUGUGUUCGACGACGAGGUGGCGCCAAACGCGGCCAGCGACUACGCCUCGGCGGAAAAGAAAGUGAAAUCUCCGCUGGCAGCCCCCAACGGGGGCGUUGCCUCCGCUGCGAGCCCAGAGUGCAAGCCUGGCCCCUGCCCCAAAGGGCAGCUCCGAGGGGAGUCGGACCGGAGCAAACAGCCGCCCCCGACCUCGUCCCCCACCAAGAGGAAGGGCAGGAGCCGCGCCCUCGAGGCAGUGCCUACCCCACUAGCCAGCGGCCCGCGGACUCCCGCCAAGGAAUCCCCACCCAAAAGGGCGCCCGAUCCCAGCCCGGUCACCAAGGGUGCUACGGCCGAGAGGGGGGAGGAGGCGGCCGGGGCCGUCCCCCGCGAGCUCCCGGUCAAGAGCAGCUCGCUGCUGCCGGAGAUCAAACCCGAGCACAAGAGGGGCCCGCUCCCCUACCACUUCGACGGCCGGGCAGAGGGAGGUCGAAGCAAAGAGCUGAGCAGAGCGGCCGGAGCCCCUGGAGCUUCUGACGCCGACGGCUGGAAGCCCAGGAACCAUUUCGGUGCGGGCAGGUCGACAGUCACCACUAAAGUGACCCUCCCUGCCAAGCCCAAACAUGUGGAACUAAAUCUUAAAACCCCUAAGAAUCUUGACAGUCUGGGAAAUGAGCACAAUCCAUUUAGCCAGCCAGUUCACAAAGGCAACACUGCCACCAAAAUCUCCUUAUUUGAAAACAAACGGGUGAAUAGUAGCCCAAGACACACUGAUAUUCGAGGCACAAGGAACACUCCUGCCUCUAAUAAAACAUUUGUUGGGAGAGCGAAGCUGAAUUUAGCCAAAAAAGCCAAAGAAAUGGAGCAACCUGAAAAGAAAGUAAUGCCAAACAGUCCCCAGAAUGGUGUGCUGGUGAAGGAAACCCCUGCAGAAACCAAAGUUACUCCCUCCGAAGAAGAGAUUCUGCCAGCAACCAGACGAAUGAAUGGAGACCCUUCUGAGUAUCAGUCUCUUGGUCCUCAGCCUAAGCAAGAUGAUAAAGCAGAUGGACAAACAGAUGCUGGCUGCCCUUCAGAACCAGUGGCUGCUGCUCUGAUUCCUGUCAAGGACCAUAAGCUCAUCGAGAAGGAGGAUUCAGAGGCUGCAGACAGCAAAAGACCUGUACUUGAACGUGUAACCAGUGCAGCACAAGACAUCUCCACCAUUGCUGAUACCAAAGAUUUACCCCCAACGGCCACGCCAAAGCCACAGGAUACAUUUUCUGACUCACAGCCCACUGCUGAGUCAUCUCCUGGGCCUUCUUUUUCACUGUCUGCACCCACUGUGGAUGUUCCCAAAGACACAUGUGUUGAGUCGCCCAUAAGCAGUUUCCCGUGCACUGAUCUAAAAGUGUCAGAAAACCAUAAAGGAUGUGUUUUGCCUGUGUCUCAUCAGAACAAUGAGAAAAUGCCACUUUCUGAACUUGAAGGAGAAACAAACCCUCCUUUGUCCACAGAGCACAGUCCAGAAGUUGUGGGAAGUGAGUGUCCAUCCAGAGUCCUUGUCCAGGUCAGGUCCUUUGUGCUCCCCAUGGAGAGCACACAGGAUAUGAGCUCCCAGGUCAUCCCAGAGAGCUCUGAAGUUAGAGAAGUGCAGUUGCCAACUUGUCACAGUAAUGAACCUGAAGUGGUUUCCGUUGCAAGUUGUGCUCCCCCACAAGAGGAAGUACUGGGCAGUAAGAGCAUGUCACCAGAACAGUCUCAUUGCACAGAAGAGCUCGCAGCAAAAUCUGGCCCACAAGUCAUGCCGCCAGCAUCAGAGAAAACUCUGCCUAUUCAGGCUCAAAGUCAGGGCAGCAGAACACCCCUGAUGGCUGAAUCCAGUCCCACCAACUCUCCCAGCAGUGGAAAUCCCUUAGACACUCCUCAAAGGCCAGAUCAGACUAUUGCAAACGGCCAGGAUAGCCCUGCCAGUCUUUUGAACAUCUCUGCUGGUAGUGAUGAUAGUGUAUUUGAUUCUUCUUCUGAUAUGGAAAAAUUCACUGAAAUUAUAAAACAGAUGGAUAGUACAGUUUGUAUGCCCAUGAAAAGAAAGAAGGCCAGGAUGCCAAACUCUCCUGCUCCUCACUUUGCCAUGCCUCCUAUUCAUGAAGACCACUUAGAAAAGGUGUUUGAUCCCAAUGUGUUUACCUUUGGUUUGGGGAAGAAGAAGGAAAGCCAGCCAGAAAUGUCACCGGCUUUACAUUUGAUGCAGUUUGACACAAAAUCCAAACUGAGACCCAAACGUGUAUCCACUGAACAGAGCGUCCUCUUCAAGUCCUUGCACACGAACACUAAUGGGAACAGUGAGCCUCGGGUGAUGCCGGAAAUCAACGACAAAGAGAACAGGGACAUCACAAAUGGUGGCGUUAAGAGAUCUAGACUAGAAAAAAGUGCACUUUUCUCGAGCUUGUUAUCUUCUUUACCGCAAGACAAAAUCUUUUCUCCCUCUGUGACAUCAGUCAACACUAUGACCACGGCUUUCAGUACUUCUCAGAGCGGUUCCCUAUCUCAGCCUUCAGUGUCACAGCCCACGACUGAGGGUGCCCCGCCCUGUGGUUUGAACAAAGAACAGCCAAAUCUUCCACCCGCCAGCUCCUUAAAGGUCUUCAAUUUCAACUCGUCAAAUACAUCACACUCCAGUUUGAAAAGUCCAAGCCACAUGGAAAAAUACCCGCAAAAAGAGAAAACCAAAGAAGAUCUGGAUUCACGAAGCAACCUACACUCGCCAGAAACUAAAUUUUCUGAAUUUUCAAAACUGAAGAACGAUGAUAUGGAAAAGGCUAAUCAUAUUGAAAGUGUUCUUAAAUCAAACUUGCCAAACUGUGGAAACAAUGACAACGACUUCAUGGGUCUUUUCAAAUCAAGCCGGUAUGAUCCAAGCAUUUCUUUUUCUGGAAUGUCAUUAUCAGACACAAUGGCACUUAGAGGAAGUGUCCAAAAUAAACUCAAUCCCCGACCUGGAAAGGUGGUGAUAUAUAGUGAGCCCGAUGUCUCUGAGAAGUGCAUUGAAGUUUUCAGUGACAUUCAGGAUUGCAGUUCUUGGAGCCUCUCUCCUUUGAUACUCGUAAGAGUUGUUAGAGGAUGUUGGAUUUUGUAUGAGCAACCAAAUUUUGAAGGGCACUCCAUCCCCUUAGAAGAAGGAGAACUGGAACUCUCUGGUCUCUGGGGUAUAGAAGACGUUUUGGAAAGACACGGGGAAGCAGAGUCUGAUAAGCCGGUGGUGAUUGGUUCCAUCAGACAUGUGGUCCAGGAUUACAGAGUUAGUCACAUUGACUUAUUUACCGAACCAGAAGGGUUAGGAAUCCUAAGUUCCUACUUCGAUGAUACUGAAGAAAUGCAGGGAUUUGGUGUAAUGCAGAAGACUUGUUCCAUGAAAGUACAUUGGGGCACGUGGCUGAUUUAUGAAGAACCUGGAUUUCAGGGUGUUCCUUUCAUCCUGGAACCUGGUGAAUACCCUGACGUGUCCUUCUGGGAUACAGAAGCAGCGUACAUUGGAUCCAUGCGGCCUCUGAAAAUGGGUGGCCGUAAAGUUGAAUUCCCUACAGAUCCAAAGGUAGUUAUUUAUGAAAAGCCUUUCUUUGAAGGAAAAUGUAUGGAACUAGAAACAGAAAUGGGUAGUUUUGUCAUGGAAGGAGGUGAAACAGAAGAGGCGACUGGAGGCGAUCAUUUGCCGUUUACGUCAGUGGGGUCUAUGAAAGUUCUAAGAGGCAUUUGGGUUGCGUAUGAGAAGUCUGGAUUUACAGGUCAUCAGUAUUUGCUAGAAGAAGGAGAAUACCGGGACUGGAAAGACUGGGGAGGUUACAAUGGAGAGCUUCAGUCUUUACGACCUAUAUUAGGUGAUUUUUCAAAUGCUCACAUGAUAAUGUACAGUGAAAAAAACUUUGGAUCCAAAGGUUCCAGUAUUGAUGUAUUGGGAAUUGUUGCUAAUUUAAAGGAGACCGGAUAUGGAGUGAAGACACAGUCUAUUAAUGUACUGAGUGGAGUAUGGGUAGCCUAUGAAAAUCCUGACUUCACAGGAGAGCAGUAUGUACUGGAUAAAGGAUUUUAUACCAGUUUUGAGGACUGGGGAGGCAAAAAUUGUAAGAUCUCUUCUGUUCAACCUAUAUGUUUGGAUUCUUUCACUGGCCCAAGGAGAAGAAAUCAGAUUCACUUGUUUUCAGAACCACAGUUUCAAGGUCACAGUCAAUGUUUUGAAGAAACAACAAGUCAAAUUGAUGACUCAUUUUCUACCAAGUCUUGCAGAGUUUCAGGAGGCAGCUGGGUUGCAUAUGAUGGAGAAAAUUUCACUGGUAAUCAGUACGUGCUGGAAGAAGGCCAUUAUCCUUGUCUGUCUGCAAUGGGAUGCCCGCCUGGAGCAACCUUCAAGUCUCUUCGUUUCAUAGAUGUUGAAUUUUCUGAACCAACAAUUAUUCUCUUUGAAAGAGAAGACUUCAAAGGAAAAAAGAUUGAACUUAAUGCAGAAACUGUUAAUCUCCGAUCCUUGGGAUUCAACACGCAAAUACGCUCUGUUCAGGUUAUUGGUGGCAUAUGGGUUACUUAUGAAUAUGGCAAUUACAGAGGGCGACAGUUCCUGUUGUCACCCGCAGAAGUACCUAAUUGGUAUGAAUUCAGUGGCUGUCGCCAAAUAGGUUCUCUACGACCUUUUGUUCAGAAGCGAAUUUAUUUCAGACUUCGAAACAAAGCAACAGGGUUAUUCAUGUCAACCAAUGGAAACUUAGAGGAUCUGAAGCUUCUGAGGAUACAGGUCAUGGAGGACGUCGGUGCCGAUGAUCAGAUUUGGAUCUAUCAAGAAGGAUGCAUCAAAUGCAGGAUAGCCGAAGACUGCUGCCUGACGAUUGUGGGCAGCCUGGUAACAUCCGGCUCCAAACUAGGCCUGGCCCUGGACCAGAAUGCCGACAGCCAGUUCUGGAGCUUGAAGUCCGAUGGCAGGAUUUAUAGCAAGUUGAAGCCAAAUUUAGUUUUAGAUAUCAAAGGGGGUACACAGUAUGAUCAAAAUCACAUUAUCCUCAACACUGUCAGCAAAGAGAAGUUUACACAAGUGUGGGAAGCCAUGGUUCUAUAAACCUGUACAAAGAAGGAAGAAAAUCUUCUGGAGGUUCUUCCAGCCGUCUCGUUUUUUAAAAAGGACAAUGCUUGACGGAAGAGCCAACUGGAAACUGGAUCGACUCCUCCUUCACUGAUUCCAAAUUCAACCAUAAAUCACGCUGCCAUGACUCAGAGAGCUUACUCAUCGUUUCAAAAGACUAUCAGAGCUUUAAACAAUAAUUUGUCCUCCUUUCAUUUCUUGCCCUUCAUUCACUUUUGGUGGCUGCUUAAACAGGUUGCCUAAUUAGCAGCUUCUGGGUGAUUUUUUUAAAUGUUGUAUCAAGACUUCAAGACUGUGUACAUUUUAAAUUAUGUCCAAAGAUAGUGACAGGAGAGAACUGGAACAAAUUUACCAACUUUGUGGACCUACAAAAAGCCCUUACACUUUAAAGGAUAAGAUAAAGGCUUAAGUUUGAAAGAUAGGGAACUGUUUAGCAUCUAAGAAGAAGGACUUUAUUCGGCCUGUAGUUUUGGUUCUUGGCCUUAAACACUUUCUGGAACCUUUAAAUAUGCUGCAUAGCAAAGUGGGAAAACCUUAGGUAUUCAGACAUUUAAGGAACUCUAGGUACAAACAAAAUACUACCUUCCUUAAUAUUGAAAAUCAAUACAUUUACAAAACUUCAUGUCCACGUCUGAUAACACUUGUUAUUUUUGAGACAGGUCUCAUUGUCACCCAGGCUGGAGUGCAGUGGCACAGUCACGGCUCACUGUGGCCUCUACCUCCCUAGGCUCAGGUGAUCCUCCCACCUCAGCCUUCCAAGUAGCUGGGACUACAGCCACACACCACCACGCCCAGCCAAUUUUUGUAUUUUUUAUAGAGAUGGGGUUUCACCAUGUUGCCUAGGCUGGCCUCAAACUUCUGGGCCCAAGCAAUCCACUUGCCUCAGCCUCCCCAUAUGCUGGGAUUACAGGCCCAAGACUCUGUACUCAGCCAGGAUUUGGAUUAUUUUAACUCAUUCAUGGCUGCUGUAGAAUAUCACAAAUGAGUGUUGUUCAAUGCCUUUCUUUUAACUACUACUGGAACACUAUCAUGACCUCAUUUAUGAGCCAUCCUUACUCAUCUACAAGUGCUCAAGCAAUGUUACAUACUUUUUUGCUAAACUCAGAUUUUUUUAGCCUCAUUUCUGGCCCUCCUAUCCAGCUGCAUCUGCACAUGGUCUGCAUGGGGCUGCCUUCCCUACAGUGUUCUACAGCCAUGCUUCAGGCUACAGCUGUUGGUGGACAGCCUCAGGUCUUGAGGUCAUUGUAGCUGCUAAAUGGGGUGUGAAAGGCUCAAGAGGAUGACCAGCAAUUAAUUAUCCCCAGAAAGUGAAGGAAAAGAGACCUUCAGGGAUGUUGCUGGUCAAGUCUUGGAACUCAUGAUUUGACUGGAUCUUCAAGCAGUCUUGGAACCCUCAACUGCAGUAAGCAGUUCAAGAAUGCAAACAGACUGAUUGAUUAACUGCCAACAAGACACCAGCCCAUAUACUGCUGUUCAAAACAGUGGGUUCUAGCUUCAAACAAAAGCGCUAAGCAUUUCCUUGAGUAUAUUCUCCCUCUUUUUGUCCUCAUCACUCAAUACUGGUGCUCUUGUCACAAGCAGAACAACUUGUUUCCUUUCCAUCUGUUCAAGUGUGUUUCUAAUUCCAAAAUGCUGAUCAGCUCUGGAGUCUAUGGUAGGCAGUUAUGGUUAUUAGAAUAGUUUAUCUUGUUUUGAAAUAGUAUUCGCACAUGUGCAACAGCAUCCACCAUGUCUGUCUCGUUCCUAGGUGUACAGCUCUAAUUUUAGGCCUUAUUGUGCAUACCAUUACAAUACGGUGGGGUAGGACAUUCUACAGUAGCCUGUGCUGACUGAUCUCUUAAAUAAACUUGUUUCUGGUUAACUA